CCAUGGGGGAGGGGAGGGUUUGGGAGGAGGCGGCGGCGGCGGCGGAGGAGGAGAGGAGUGGUGUCGGGUCGGGUGGGAAUUGGGAUUUUUAGGGUUUAGUAGUAGGUUUGUUGCCACUUGGCAGUUUGGAAUGGUGGAGAGGUGGAGAAUGUAGCGCGCGUCGUGUGGUGGACUGGGGGGUGGUGUAGCUAUAGCGGGCCCGCCGGCCGGCCCAUUGAUUCGUUUCAUCUGGAAUCGGUGUACGAGAAGGCAUCUGGAAUCGGGCCACACCGCCCCAUUUGAGGUUGGAGGGAGAAAAAACCAGCAAUGAAGAAAAGGAAAAAGUACAUCGAAGGUCCCUCAACUUGUCAUCAAGUUACAAAAUCGUCCUUAAACAGCAAAACCGGAUACAACACAUACUCCAACUUAUAAAAAGUGCAAACUAAGUUCCAUUAAUAGUUUUGACUCCGGUUUUAUCCGACGUGGCAGCUGACUCAAUGUGGGACCCACGUGGGCCCCAUACAUCAGGGUGACCACGUCACCAUCUCUUUCCCCUCUUCUUUCCCUUCCUCCUCUCUCUCUCCCAAUUUUCUCAUGCGGGCUGGCUGGUGCGGCGGGGGAAGAGCUGCGCGCGGGCGGCGAGCGACGGAGGAGGAGCGGCGGGGGAGCAGCUUGGAGGCCGGCGACGGGCCGCGGGGUGGACGCAUGCGCUGCGGCGGUUGGCUCAGAGUAGAACAGGAAUUGGUAGGCGCGGUCGCCGUAGUACUUCUCCAGGGACUGCACGGCGACCUUCCCCGCCAUCUGGCCUUCUUCGAGACCUCAUUCUUCUCGGGCUUCCCGUCCACCUCCAUGGUGACGGGCCGCGCCGCCUCUUCAGGCUUCUCGAUCUCCAUCGCCGCGCCGGGAUUGCUGCUGCUUGUCUCAGGCUUGGCAUUGCUCCUGCUCUUGGUUUUGGUUUUGGAGAGCACGGCAGAGACAAAAUCCAUGCGCAGAUUGGCAUCCUCUUCCACUGUUUUGUUUGGGGCCUAUGUCAAUUCCUUGCCGUCAUCAAACAGACAGACAAACAAACAACACGAUGAUGAUGAGUUCUGUCUUGACGGCUGCUUCCUUCCAAUCUCCUCGCAAUUUCAUCAAACUACAAGUACAGCUAAGGCCUCAGCAGCGACGCCUGCAACACCAACAACAGCUUCUGAUUGUUGGCAGCAACGGGGCAAUAACAAUAGGAAACAUGAGUUUGUGCCGGGAUUGCUGCUGCUUGUCUCAGGCUUGGCCUUGCUCCUGCUCUUGGUCUUGAUUCUGGAGAGCACGGCAGAGACAAAAUCCAAGAGCAGCGGCUUGGCCGGCGCCAUGGCGUCGAUGAUGCUGCCGCCACUGCGAGAGAUGGCGUGGCCUCGGCUGCGUUUCCGGCUAAUCCGUCGCAGCUAAGAAGCUCGCCGACGGCUGCCACGGGGCGCUUCCACCUCUGCGCCCAUCGCCGUAGCGCCGGCCUGCGCCCAACCCACUGCCGCUGCGUCGCCACGCCACCCCGCCGCCCGUCGCCGGCCACCCAGCUGCUCCCCCGCCCGCGCCGCUCUUCCGCCACCGCACCGGCCGGCCCGCAUGAGAAAACUGAGAAAGAGAGAGAGAGGAAGGGAGAGAAAAGAGGAAGAGAUGAUGACGUGGUCACCCUGACGUGUGGGGCCCACGUGGGUCCCACGCUGAGUCAGCUGCCACAUUAGAUAAAACCGGAGUCGAAACCGCUGAGGGACCUAGUUUACACUGGUAUUGUAAGUUGAGAGACACCGGAUAUCUGGUUUUGCUGUUUAGGGAUGAUUUUGUAACUUGAUGACAAGUUGAGGGACCUUCAGUGUAAAACUAAUAAUAUAGCCGACUGAUGGGUCUAAAAAUAUUCAUAUUAGCAUUUAAUUAACUAAUAACUGUGGUAUGUAUAUAAUAAGAGAGCUAUUUGUGUGUCCCUUCUUAAUGUUUUUAUUCUAAUUUUUCUUCUUUUGAAGCUUUCCCGUCCACUCAUUUAUCUUGAGAAGUGAGCAGCCAUUGUGAG